AUGAACCGUGUUCUGUCUGAAGUUGACUGGUCGGACAUACAAAGUUGUACUGACGUAGAUGUGGCUGUUAGUACAUUUGGCGCAAUUUUGGAUGGCGUUUUCGAUGAGUCCGUACCUCUGGUGCGACCUCCUCUUCGACCCCCUUGGUCUGAUUCUCACCUGAAGCGGUUGAAACAGACGCGUUCGAAAUUGCUACGGAAGUUUAGUAACUCCAGGUGCCCAUUCGUGAAAAUCAAAUUGAACGCUGCUACUAAUCGGUACCGGAUAUACAAUCGACUUUGCUAUCGCCGUUAUGUGGAUCGUACCCAGAGUGAGCUUCGUCGCAAUCCAAAAAAGUUCUGGCAAUUCGUGGACUCGAAACGGAAAGAGUCCGGACUUCCAGCUAUACUUCAAUUAAACAACCGUAUUGCUAUGUCACCUUCUGAAAAAUGCCAUCUUUUGGCGGCGCACUUCGCCAGUGUUUUUUCAGACGCAUCGCCAACUGCCGAGCAAUUAAACUCCGCCUUAUCACGAUUACCCAUCGAUGUGUUGGAUCUGGAUGUUUUCACCGUUAGCGAGGAAAUGGUUUUAGAGGCCAUAAUUAAUUUGAAGAACUCCACUUCAGCCGGGCAGGAUGGAAUACCGGCGUGUGUAUUGAAAAAGUGUCGCACUUUACUGGUGGAACCUCUUACGCGUAUUUUUAAUCAGUCUUUAGAGCAGCAAAAAUUUCCAACCAUCUGGAAAAAAUCGUUUAUGAGCCCAGUGCACAAUGAAGGUGACAAACAAGAUGUUGUUAACUACCGAGGUGUCACAUCGCUAGCUGCCUGUUCGAAGGUAUUUGAGAGGAUUGUCGACGAUGUCAUGUUUUCGGCCUGCCGGAACUGGAUUUCUGAGAACCAGCAUGGAUUUUUUCCUAAACGUUCGGUAACUUCAAACCUGAUGCUUUUUACAUCCUUAUGCAUAUCAAACAUGGAUGGCGGCAAGCAAAUUGACGCGAUUUAUACUGAUAUUUCGGCGGCAUUUGAUUCUGUAAACCAUGACAUUCUACUGAAAAAAAAUGGUUAG